UGCUUCAUUUGGCGCCAUUAGUCACGUGAUUUUUGUAUAGUUAGUUACUUGUGAAAUGUAUACUUACAUAUGUACAUAAUUUAGGAAGAAGUGGAGCUAAAGAAUCACGAUAGAAUGUAGUGGGGAUUGUAUAUGUAUAAACUUAAAUGACGGAUAGUAUUGUAGUUCAAGCUAAAAGAACGGAGGGAAAUGGAACGUUUCGUAGGGAAAUGUAAAGUAGUAUAUAUAUAGUUCAUUCUUUUUUUGAUAUUUGAAACGAAGACAGUAUUACUUUUUUAUCUAAUCAGCGGAAGUUUAUAAUAUCACAUAUAAAUUAUUUCGUAUUAUAUUAAAAAAUAUUAAUUAAAUAUACAUAUAUAAUUUGUUGAAAUUAUAACAAGUCUACUAUAAUUAUAUAUAAAUAAUAUAGAAUAAAAAAAAUUAUUUUUUUUUCAAUUCAAAUAUUCGAUACAACAAAAUUUUAUUUAGAAAUGGGUAUCAAUCCAAUGAGAUGGAAAACAAGAAACAUAUUAUAUACUAGUUUAAUACUUUUGAUUUUUUAUAUAUUUUUUGUAUAUAAAAAAAAGCAUCAUAUACUAUUUGAAGGAAUAAUAAAAAAUUCAAAUCCUAUACAUAUAUGGGAAUUUGUAGCAGAUUUUAGUAACAUGAAAAAAUUAAAUCCAACAAUAGAAGAUUUUAAUAUUAUUGCGGAAAGUGGUAAUUAUGAUCAUUGGAAAUAUUCAGUUGAAUAUACUGAACAUUUAAGUUAUAUACCAAUUAUUCGAAAUACAGCAUAUGGACAUUACGCUAUACGUGAAGAUAAUAAUGGUUAUUUGAUUACUUCGAAACAUCAAACAUGUUUUUUUUUUAAAUUUGGAUGCUUGGAAUCUAUUUCACAAUUUAGAUUCGACCGAGAUGGAAUUGCAGAUACAAAGUGUAUCGAAACUAUACAAUAUGAAUGUCCAAUUCUAUUUUCAUCAUUAUGCUAUAAAGAAAUUAUGUACCAACGAGAAGAAAUUAUAAAAAGACUGAAAUUAAGAUUUUCAGAGAAUAAAAUUAAUAAUUAAUAUUAAUUCAGAGAAUAAAAUUAAUAAUUAAUCUAAAUUUUUUUUGGUUUAAAAAAAAUGAAAAAUUAUUAUUCAUGUUUUUGUUCUAAAAUUGAUGAUAUAUGAUGAUUUUUUUACAAAAACGAUAUCAUUUUUGUAAAAAACAUUUUGUAUUAAAUAUAAUUGUAUUUAUAAUUUUAGAAACA